UGGGCGGGGGGGGGGUCUGAGUGCCCGGUGCAGGGCCGCACCCGAGGGACGGGGACCUUUCAUCCCCUGUAUUUUAACUAUGGGGUAACACACCCCCCGGGGGUUGGUUCCACGUCAAACUGCUCGGGGGUUCCCGGGGGGCGGCGCGGAGUGGGCUGUGGAGCGGUUGCCGCGGUUCCCCCCUCUCUUACGGUCGCCGGUGGUGUUGGGCUCCGGGAUGGCGGCCGCUGCUGUCAACAAAGCGCUCCGGCAGCCCCGCGCCGGCACCCCGGGCUCCGUCAAGGUUCUAGAAUGUGGAGUUUGUGAAGACGUAUUUACUUUGCAGGGAGACAAAGUGCCGCGCUUGCUCCUUUGUGGCCACACGGUCUGCCAUGACUGUCUUACUCGCCUUCCACUUCAGGGGAGAGCAAUACGUUGUCCAUUUGACCGGCAAGUCACUGAACUAGGUGAUUCAGGUGUCUGGGGUUUGAAGAAAAACUUUGCUUUAUUGGAGCUGCUAGAGCGGUUACAGAAUGGUGCUGUCAAUUAUCAAGGAACAUCUGAAGAGGCUCUAGGAAUCUCUGGAGAGCAAGUUAUCCGUUGUGAUGAAGAUGAAAGCCAUGUGGCGUCCAUGUAUUGCACUGUGUGUGCAACUCACCUUUGUGCAGACUGCUCCCAGGUGACACACUCUACACGUACGCUGGCCAAACAUCGCCGUGUGCCCCUGGCAGACAAACCACACGAAAAGACAAUGUGCUCCCAGCACCAGGUGCAUGUGAUUGAGUUUGUCUGUUUGGAGGAACCAUGUCAAUCCAGUCCCCUUAUGUGCUGUGUCUGCAAAGAGUAUGGGAAGCACCAAGGACACAAGUGUACAGUCUUGGAAACUGAAGCAGAUCAAAUCCGUGCAUCUAUUCUGGAUAUGGCACACUGCAUUCGUACUUUUACUGAGGAGAUUGCUGAUUAUUCUAGAAAAUUAGGUGGAAUUGUUCAGAAGAUUGAGGGAGGAGAACAAAUAGUAGAAGACCGAAUUGGAAUGGCUCACACAGAACAUGUUCCAGGUAGUGCUGAGAAUGCACGUUCCUGUGUUCGUGCGUAUUUUGCAGAAUUGCAUGAAACCCUCUGUAGGCAGGAGGAGAUGGCACUCAGUGUUGUUGAUGCUCAUGUGCGGGAGAAGUUGAUCUGGCUGAGACAACAACAAGAGGACAUGACCAUUCUACUAUCUCAGGUUUCAACUGCUUGUCUUCACUGUGAAAAAACACUACAACAGGAUGAUUGUCGUGUGGUGGGGGCAAAACAGGAGAUUACUCGUUUGCUGGAAACACUACAAAAACAGCAGCAACAGUUCACAGAGCUCGCUGAUCACAUUCAGUUGGAUGCCAGCAUCCCUGUUACCUUCACAAAGGAUAAUCGGGUUCAUAUUGGGCCAAAGAUGGAGAUUCGUGUGGUAACUUUAGGACUGGAUGGAGCAGGCAAAACAACCAUUCUUUUCAAACUGAAGCAGAAUGAGUUUAUGCAACCUAUUCCUACCAUAGGUUUUAAUGUGGAAACUGUAGAAUACAAAAACCUGAAAUUUACCAUUUGGGAUGUAGGAGGCAAACAUAUAUUGCGACCGCUUUGGAAGCAUUAUUAUCUUAAUACACAAGCAGUUGUAUUUGUGAUCGACAGCAGCAAUAGGGAGCAAUUAAUGGAAGCACACGGUGAGCUAGCAAAGUUAUUGACCGAAAAGGAGCUUAGAGACGCCUUGCUUCUCAUUUUUGCCAAUAAACAGGAUGUGACUGGAGCACUUACAGUAGAAGAAAUGACAGAGUUGCUCAGUCUGCACAAGCUUUGCUGUGGGCGUAACUGGCAUGUUCAAGGAUGUGAUGCCCGCAGUGGCCUGGGACUACAUGAAGGGUUGGACUGGCUCUCAAGACAGUUGGUGGCUGCAGGUGUACUGGAUGUGGCAUAGGUGUGGAGCAAGUUCUUUAGCUGAUUAACAAGUUUUCUCAUUUUGGCCUGCAUUUCCAUUCUGCUUAUGUCACUAUAGUACCUCUACCGUGUGUAAUGUAUAUUUAAGAAAGCUGGCAUUGGGAGAGUAAACAGGCUUUAACUUUGUGGAGAAAUUCACACUGUUGAAAUUGAUCCAAAAAUUGACUUGAAGUGUAUUACAUUAUUCUUUAACGCUCACAUUUGUGACCUAAUUUGGAAAAAAGUAAGUUCAAUUUAAUUCUUGUGUACGACAAUGCAUUAAUGAAUUGUGAAGUGAUUUUUUUUCCCCAAUAUAUAGCUCUUAACAGUCAGUGCAAUGACACUUUAAAACAUUUUAAAUAGUGCUUCCUUUUAGGAAUAUACAGUUGUGUGAUGCUGUGAAAAGUUUUCAAGAUUAAAACAAUGCAUUGACUUUCUACUUCAUUGAUCGUCCUGGUUCUUAGCAGGACUAAUAUUUUAAUUUCAUGGUGCACUAUAUAAUUUUCUUCAGUGCUAAUGAUGGUAAUGAUUGAGGUAUGUACUGAUAACCAACUAUUGCUGUAAAUAACUGCAAACCUGAAGUUAUUCUGACUUAAAACAAAAAAGUGAGUCUAAAAGAUAUCCAUAUUAGAUUUAAUUAUUACUACAGGCACGUGUCUCACCAUUUAUACCCUGAAUGCUCGAGUCAAUAAAUGGGUCACAUUCAUACAAUUUGCGGUACAGUAUUAAGAAAUGUUGCACUUGUUACUAUUUGAGUGUGCUUAAUAAAAAUCAACUUAAUGCUUUUUAAUGCAAAAA